UCUUCUUCUACUGCUACGGAUAAGCCUCUCUUCUUCACUCUCUGCUUCCCUCAUCCCUCAUUCCAAUGGCGACAACUUCAGCUCUCUCCUCUCUUUUCUCUCUCUCCCUCCACACCCCAACCUCUCGCAUCACCUCCUCGAGACCCACCAUCUCCUUCUCCUUCCUCAAACGACCCACAACCCUCACCACCCUCAAAGCCUCCUCCUCCUCAGACCAAUCCGAGACCAUCUUCUUCGAGGACCAAAACCCCGAGAUAACCGCCAACGCCGUCUUCGACCCGCCUUCCCCUCCCGAGGGCUUCGUCCCCGCGCCGUACUUCGACGAAGGCGCCGACGAGACGGAGGCCGAGAUCGCCACGGCCUACGAGGAGCUCUACGGGCCCGCGUACAGCGGGGAGAGCAUGCUCGGGAAGGACGUUAACGUGAUGGACUCGAAGAUGAAGAAAGGCGGAGGAGGGAUCGGUGGGCAGAAGCCGAAGAAGGAGAAGAUUAGGGAUGGGUUCGAGGAGAGGGUUGUGCAGGUGAGGAGGGUGACUAAGGUUGUGAAAGGAGGGAAGCAGUUGAAGUUUAGGGCGAUUGUUGUUGUCGGGGAUAAGCAAGGGAAUGUCGGAGUUGGUUGUGCUAAGGCUAAGGAGGUUGUCGCGGCUGUUCAGAAGAGUGCUAUUGAUGCUAGGAGGAACAUUGUUCAAGUGCCUAUGACUAAGUAUCUUACGUUCCCUCACAGAUCGGAGGGAGAUUACGGAGCAGCGAAGGUGAUGCUUAGACCAGCUUCACCGGGUACGGGUGUGAUUGCUGGAGGAGCGGUUAGGAUAGUGCUAGAGAUGGCAGGAGUUGAGAACGCUUUGGGGAAACAGCUGGGAAGCAACAAUGCACUCAACAACGCGAGAGCGACUCUUGCAGCAGUUCAACAGAUGAGACAGUUCAAGGAUGUUGCUCUCGAGCGUGGAAUCCCCAUGGAAGAGCUCUGGAAGUGAAAGAAACUCAGUCUUCUUCCCUUUUUUUAUAACAUUUUCACCCCUCUUUGUUUUUCUGAUGUUGAAAUGAGAUUCUUGUAAAAUCAAGAGGCGUGCUGUAAUUCCCUGAGAAAACAUGUUUAUUUUGAAAUAUCAAUCAUUUCUUCUUCGUUUAAAGUUCA